UUAGAAGGAAGUAAGAUCUAAGAGGUGUAAACUUGGGUCCGAGGUAGUGGCUUCGGCUGUAGUGAGGGAACUAAAACAUCCUUUGGAGGGUGAUGAGUGUGGACCUACCAUGCAAGAGGAACAAGGCAGGGGCUGAAGACGUUGAAGGCCACGUGGUGUCCGGUGGAAGAAAAGCUCGUUCCUUUCCGGUCAUGAGCGGUCUAGUGAGAACGGAGCCGCUGCAUGGGAAUCCCCCUCUGCGGGUGCCUGGUGACCCCUACUCCGUGGUGGUUCUACUGCAGGGCUACGCAGAACCCGAGGGGGUUGGUGACGCUGUGUGCGCCGAUGGCUCUGUGACCCUCGUUCUGCCCCAGGCCUGGGGCCAGGCCUGCCACCAAGAGCCCCCGCCGGAGGGCGGCAAGGCGAAGACGAUGCUGGAGGAGGUAGCCCGUGGCCCUAUCCUCGUGGACACUGGAGGUCCCUGGUCUCGGGAGGCGCUCCUCGGGGCCCUGGCAGGGCAAGGCGUGGCCCCUGCAGACGUGACUUUGGUGGUGGGGACCCAUGGACAUUCGGAUCAUAUCGGAAACCUGGGGCUUUUUCCAGGGGCAGCUCUGUUGGUCUCGCAUGACUUCUGUCUUCCCGGGGGCCGCUACCUCCCCCACGGGCUGGGUGAGGAGCAGCCCCUGCGGCUGGGGCCAGGACUCGAGGUGUGGGCUACGCCAGGCCAUGGGGGCCAGCGGGACGUGAGCGUGGUAGUGGCGGGCACGACUCUGGGCACCGUAGCGGUUGUGGGCGAUGUGUUUGAACGCGAUGGGGACGAGAACUCGUGGCAGGCCAUGAGUGAAGACCCAGUGGCCCAGGAGCGGAGUCGGAAGAGGGUCCUAGGCACUGCCGACGUGGUUGUGCCUGGUCACGGAGCCCCCUUCAAGGUGGUCAGGGAAGCCUGGAACCCAGAAACAAAGGGUCCAGGGAACAGCCGGCAGGGCCCCAUGGUCGGAAACGAGGAUCCCACAAUGCACGGAUAAGCCCUGGGAGAGACCGGGCCCUCCAACUCCCCAGCCAAGGAACUCACGUCUAGGAUGUGGAGGACCAGUCAGCCAGAGCCAGAAGGCUGGUUUUCCAGCGAGGAUAGGGUGCUCUCACCAAUAUCACUGUUUUUGCAAACUAGGACCAUGGACUGGAUCAAAAUGUGUGCCACCUCUGGGGGCUUCAUUAAUAAAAUGGGAGAAUGUUCUUGGGAGAGUUGUCCCAAAUAAAAAUAGGAAACUACAUUGAAAGUCAUACUCUAAUGUAAAUGUGAAGCAUUAAUAGUGGCAGUCAUGCAGACGUAAUCAGCAAAAGCGGAGAGGGACACUUUUUGGCCAAUAGCCUAUUUCUAAUGGGAUGCAGGUUGUUGAGAGAAGGUGCAGGGAGUAGAAGUAACAUCAUAGUCACCUGACUUUAUUCAUUCAUCAAUUUAUCCAAUACAUACUUUAACUCCUGUGUGUCAAGCACUGCCCUAGGUUACCGGGCUACAACUGUGAACAAGUUAAACAAACUGCCUGUCCCUCGUGGAUACUACAUUCUAUUGAGGCAGAGGAGUAAACAACCACAGUAAUAGUAGUAAACCAAAUAAUUACAGGUUGUGGUUAGUAAUACAAGAAAAAAGUAGGCUGAGAAGGGGAUAGGGUGCUGGAGUGGGAGGGUGGUCAGGGAAAUAAUGUUUAAUCAGAGAAUUGAAUGAGGAGACAGGUGGCUGUAUAAGGAUCUGGUAGAGGAGUAUUCCAGGUACUGAGACAGCAGAUAAAAAGGAUGCUAUUGGGCAGGGAUAGGCCGGAGGUCAUUUCCCAGGUGUCCAUAAAGGCCACACAAAGGUCCUCAAAGGCAACUCAGAGGAGCCGGUUCACCUGGAGAGAGAACCAGUUUGCCAUUCACAGACUUAAAGCAGUGCUGACUAACGUGGUGCACAAGAGUGCAACUACAGCUGUUGAGGUCCCUGCCAGCCAUCAGAUGAAGACGGACUCAGGGAAGGUGGUAAAGCGGGCACCAGCAUGAUCAUGGUGUGGAGGCCCCUGGCCAGUCCCAGACCUUGGAGUGUAGAGGCCACUGGUGUGUAAAGAGUGUGCAGGGGCAGCUAUGGGCCUGCCAGUAUAGCACGAUGUCCCCAAGGGGUCUCCAUAGCCAUCAGGGGCCUUGUCUGGUAUGUGGCAUGUAGGUAGAUCCACUGGCAUCAGGGCAGUAAGGAGAACAGGAGAGGAUAAGUCGGGUUGUUUAGAGCUAUGCACUCCUACCUGGAACAACUGUAAUUCCAGUCCUGACUUACUUUCCAGAACAUAGGCAUUCUGCAGUACUCAGGCCUGGUCAUUCAGGGCAACACAUCUCUUUGGCCACACUGUCUUCAGGAUGGAUAAGUCACCUAAACUAGUCCAGUCUUGGUAAUCUUUGGGUUUUUGCUAGAGCUGGUGGAAAAGAGUCUAUUUUUUUCCCUGCAAGACUGACAUGGGAGAAUGGGUCAUCUUUCCACCUUGUUCAGGACCACCAGCUGCUGCCGGGGCCACCAAAUGCAGACUGAGAAUGAAACUAAACAAAAGGGACAAAAUGAGCAGUUAAGAGAAACAGACCUGAUGAAAAGUUGGUUUUUGUUUUGUUCUGUUUUUUAAGAUUUUAUUUAUUUUUAGGGAGAGGGAAGGGAAGGUGGGAGGAAACAUCAUCUUUGGGACCAAAGCCAGACCAAACCCACAGGCACAGGAGUCAAAGGGAGUCAAGAUUGACUCCCUUGACUCCCUUUCACUUUACAGGACAGCACCCAAUGAAAUGAGCCACACCAGUAGGGUCUGACAACAAGUUUGAGCCUGAAAGUCAGACCCACCACCUAACUCAUCAGUCACCUGGACUGGCCGGCUAAUCAGCUCCUUUCCUGCCUAAGCUGCUUUGACUGUGUUUUCAGUUGCUUGCAGCAAGAGGAGUCCUGAAAGGAUAGAUAUAAGCACUGGCAGAAAUGAUCCCUUAGAGGCAGUGAGGACAGUGCAGAAGGAGGGCUGGUAACAGAGGCAAAGCAGUACUCAAGAUAUUAGGAGGCUGGGCCCAGGGUGUACUCUUAGCUGUUUCAAGGUUCUUUUUUGGUGAGAACUCUCUGGAAAACAGGAACUGUAUGAGUAGAUUCCUCUACUUAUAAAAUAUUCAGUGGUUCCACAUUACUUGCAGAAUAACGCAGACUGUCUCUCCUGGUCCUUUUCAAGUCAAAGUCUGCUCCAGUUUGGCUGGACUGCCUGCUUCCUUCCAGACAAGUCCGCGGCCUCCUUUUCUCCUGCAGGCCUUUCCUCCUGUUUUCUCCCUGCUGUCUUCCUCUCUUCUCCGCCAUCCAGGCCAGCUCACCUCAUCUACAGAAAACCCUCCCUGAUUUUUGCAACCUUAGUUUAAACUCUUGUAAUUCAGUCCCUAUAUUAUUCACAGCAUAAUAUAGAUAAUGCCUGGCAUAAUAUUAGGUAAUGCCUGGUUGUUGGUCAUUUUCCUGGAAAUGCCCUCUCCCCAUGGUUCUCCUUGAGAGCAGAAACUGUGCAAGAUACUUCUCUGAAUGCUCCAGGGCUCAGUAUUUUGUCUAUAAAUGCCAUGAAAUAAAUACAUGCUAUUAUUCUGAUUUA